UAGCUUUCAAAGAAGCUAGGGAACGUACUCUUGUUUACAAUGAGUCUUUUGUCGUCGCAAUUGCAUCGUACUAUAAGAACUGAAACUAUGCAGUCCACAUUCCUGUAAACAUGAAAACGUAUCGUAACGCAUGGAAUUCGUCUAUUAUAUCAGCUAUAUUUCUUGGUAUUGUCAUUGUCCUAGUUGUGUUUAAUAGUAUCAACUCUUCGCUAUAUUCAGAGCAAGUGGAAAAUACCAUUGAGUCAUGGAAGAUGAGCCGUCAUUUGUACGCUACAAAAUUGCCAAGCUUGAAAAGGCUGUAUUAUCUUGACAAACAUGGCUACAGAAUUGCGCUACAGUCCGAAGCAACUGAACACAAAACGCUCAGCCUGCCCAUCUCAAGGUUACAGCCAACAGUUGCCGAAACUGAUCUAAAUGGAUAUGACGUAAUGCACGGAGAAAACGAAGCUGAACGAGACGAAACCAUCGAUUACAAUUUCAAUCUACAUGACUUGAAUAGUCAGGAAGAUGCGUCACCAAGAAAAAGGCCUAAAUGUGACGGCAAGAACGCCAUACAGAAGGUUGUCCUUCUCAAAACACAUCGUACGGGGAGCAGCACAUUAGCGAACAUUCUUUACAGAUAUGGAGAUUUGAACGACCUCGAGUUUGCUUUACCUAAGGAAUCUUCGUACGAAUAUUACUGGCCAGUCCCCUUUAACCCAAGCUUUACCGAUAAACGUUAUUUGAACAGUUCUCGUCCUCCUCAUAUGCUUGUUAACGCACGGCUCCAUCUUAAUUCUAUGGCAAUGUGGAAGAGGGAGGGUGCUUUCUUAAUCGCUGUGGUGCGCGAUCCCGUCAGCCACUUCGAGUCGUCAUUCUACCGCAAACAAUUGGACUUUUUAUUCAGACUGGAGAACACCUCGAAUCCAUUUGCUGAAUUCCUCAAGUCCCCUGAACAAUCUUUCAAAACUUACUUGAAAAAUGAAAGAAAAAUUGACACAAAGCUCAAUCUUGCUGUUAAUGGGCAAAUGUUCGACCUGGGUCUCAUGCGAACUCAUUUCACAAAUGAAAAUGAAAUCAGUAGAACAAUAGAAGCACUUCAUGAAAUAAUUGACUUAGUUCUGAUUUCUGAAUACAUGGACGAAUCCCUAGUUCUUUUGAAGAGAGCUUUAUGCUGGGAUAUUGACGAUGUCCUCUAUUUUACACACAAACAAAGGCAUAAGGAUUAUAAAGACUUGGAGAUCACGUCUGAAAUGAUGAGGCAAAUUCACCAGUGGAACCAAGCAGACAGUCUCCUGUACAAAUACUUUAACCACACAUUAUGGAAAAGAAUAUCCGAACAAGAUAACAGUUUUUACAACGAAUUGAAGGAAUUAAAAAUGAAGAAAAUGACACUUGAAAAGCAGUGCAUAACGUCAACUAGUAUUGAGCCCGAUACUGGCGAAAUUAUGUUUAAAAUCGAGGAAGACGUGCCUUCGUAUAAUAAGUAUUUAUGUGACAAGAUGAACACAAAUGAAAAAGAUUACAUAGCCUACCUUAAGACAAAAGCUAGAGUUAAGUUCCAAAAGGAAGAUCUAUAUAUCAAAAGACAAUUCCAGGGAUUGGAGGAAAGGAUUCAAAAUUCCACUGGAUCAUGACAGAAAAAGAAACAACAAGAAGAAAAAACAAAGAAAAAUAACCACAACAGCAACAACUACAACAACAACAGACCAAUUUUCUUAAAUAGAAUAAGACUGAUGCCCUAUUGAUAAUAAAUGUAACAAAAAUGCCUUUGCCAGGUUCGAGGCAUUUUUGGUUUCGAAGAACUGGCUGUGCGACAAUAAUCCAGUUUCGAAUUCUCCAAUGCUCUGUGUUAGCCUCAUUUGUGCGCAAAAUAUUCCUAAUGGUGAGAA